AUGAAAAUUAUAAUAGAAACAACUGAAUUAAACUCAUCUAUUGAUCAAGUAAAAAACAAUGUUGUUAUCGAAGAAACUGUAGAAUGCAUACGACAGGAUGUGUGUCACAAAUCGAACGGUGUCGUCGAUAUGCGUAAAGCUGGACUGGCUGAAGACGACAAUAUAAUAACAGAAAUGAAGUUUCUAAUACACAAUCAUCAUCAGUUGAAGUUAAUAAAAAAAAAAACAUCGGCAUUACAAUUAAGUAACAAAAUAGCAGUUCAAGUAAAACAUACAGAUUUAUCCUAUAAAGAUAAAAGCAGGUUUAAGACCGAAAUACUAGUUGAAAAAAAUGAUCAUGAUAUUAAUGAAAAUGACUUAAAUGAGACAAAUUCUUAUGAACAUGCUACUUUUAAUAUUUUGAGUAAAUUGGGGCAAAGUGUGGAACUAAAUGAAGCCUUAAGAUCAUCCGAUGUCAACGAUCAUGUGGAAGGUAACAAUUGUACUGGGCGGCAAGAAGUCUUUAAAAAAGAGGAUAUGCUGGAUAUUUUGCAAGGAAAGAAUGUAGAAUCUUCUGACAAAGAAGUAGUUGAAUAA